ACGCAUUAGCGGGUCUCUUCCUUGAGUGGUUCUCUGGUUGAGGUGCUUGGUGAAAGUGGAUUCUCGAGGCAGGUGGAAGUGGAGGAGAAGAACGAUGGAGAUGGAGAUGGAGAUGAAAAGGGUGAAAUUGAAAUUUGAAAUUGGAAUUGGAAUGAGGAAAUUGGGAAGGGAGAGAGGGAGAGUUCGCACGGCUGACCAAAAUGACCAAAAUGACCAAAACGCACGAUGGCGAUUUAGUCGAUUUAGCCUUUUCUCUUUCACCCCCUCCCUCACUUUUGGGAUUCCUCGAUUCAUCUAUUCACUACUCUCCUCCCCUCUCUCCCUCUCCCUUCCCCCCUCCCCUUUUUGCCUUUGUCUCCCCCUCCCUUCCGCUUGGAAACUUUGGCUGCGGGUCGCUGCCAUUGUACCCCAAAUACGUUCAUCAUGGCCGACGCCAAAAAGCCUGCCGUCUUGAUCAUUGGUGGCCUCGGCUUCAUCGGUCGCCAUCUCGCCCUUCACAUCCAUGAGAACAACCUGGCCUCCGAGGUCCGCAUUGUCGACAAGGUCCUGCCCCAAUUAGCCUGGCUGGCUCCCGAGUUUGAAGAGGCAUGCUCCAAGGACAAAUUUGUACAGGCAGAUGCCUGCCGUGAACAACACCUUCCCCGCAUUUUCGACCGCGCUAAUGGUGAACAAUUCGACUACGUGAUCAACUGCGGCGGUGAGACUCGGCAUUCCCAGCCCGACGACGUCUAUGAAGCCCGCAGCUGCAACCUCACCAUUGCCCUGGCCAAGGAGUGUGCUAAGCGUGGUAUCCCCGCCUUUGUCGAGUGCUCGACUGCCCAUGUCUACAAAAGCGGGUCCUCGCCGCGUAAGGAAGGCGACAAGAUGCAGCCGUGGCACAAGCUGGCCAAGUGGAAGCUCAAAGCUGCCGAGGGGCUACUCAAGAUUCCUGAAUUGCAGUACUGCGCUCUGCGCCUGCCGCAUGUUUACGGCGCCUACAACCCAGGCUACUUUGCCAUGGCUAUCUGUCUCGCCCGCGUGCAUAAGGAGAUGGAACAAGAUCUCGAGUUCUUGUAUACUAAGGAUGUCAAGGUGAACACACUUCACGUCAAGGAUGCCGCCAGUGCUCUGUGGAUGGCGGCGGAAUGGCGCGCCAAGAAGGGCAAGCUCGACCGCAACAACGGGUCCAUGCCGGCCGUGUUCAAGGACCCUGCUAUGCCCAUCGCCUUCAACGUCGUCGACCACAACGAUACCUGCCAGCAGCAUGUCGCUCAGGCCAUGGCCGAGGUAUUUGACCUCAAGGUCUCUUUCCUCGGAUCCCUCGCCUCGCAGCUGGCUAAGAUGAACCUGGACGAUGUGGUGGACGACAUGAACGAGGUUAGUCUGCAAGAGUGGGCCGACCUGGUUGCCAAGAGCAAGAUCGAGCGGCCGGGGCCUAUCGGUCCGUUCUUGGAACUCGAUGUGCUCAAAGCCCAGGAUAUGUCCAUUGAUGGUUCGCUGUUCGAGUCGACCGUCGGCUGGAAACCUAAAUAUGAGCACUUCGACGCCGAUAGUGUUCGUGAGAUGGUUGAGAGCUACAAGCGGAUGAACUGGUGGCCAUAAACAGAUUCUCCGCUCCUCUCCUCUCCACUCGCUCACGGUCUAUUGCAUCCUCUCCUUUUCUCGCAUGAUUGUUCACGGUCUCCUUCCAUCGUCGAGAGAGCCCCGGUCUCCCCUGCAUCGCAUCGCAUUGUAUCUGCAAAGAAAAUUACACCCCCCCCCCUCGCCUUGACACGACAUGACACUUCUGACGACUGAUUCUUCUCCACCACUUCACCUCUCUGUCUUGGGUCUUGGCCUCUUGCAUUUCUCUCGGAUUCCCAGAUUCCCCAAGUAUCGGUGUGGUCCAGACCCACAUGUCGGAUUGCAUAUCUGAUUUUUUUUGUACUAAUAAUCCUGAAUCCAUCGGGCGGGAUUUCCUUUUGGUUUCCAUUUCUUGCAUAUAUCCUUUCUUUCCAUUUCUCAUUCUCAUUCUUUGACCGAGCCUGCACUUUGCAUACUGAGCCCUUUUUAUUCUUUUCGUGGCCGGUUCCUCCUUCAUUAUUUUUAUAUUUAACAUGGUGUCAAGCCUGCUUCGGCCCCUUCCCAUGUUUUCUCGGAUCUGUACGCACAAUUAUAGACAGGUUGAAAUCUGCUGGAUGGGACUUUCCUGUCUCGGCUGCCGCCACUUUUAUGAGGCGCUUAGGCUUGGUGAUUAAACACUAGCACGGGCUCAUAGUGAUCAGUUCUGUAGAAUUUCAUAAAUAUAACACUCUAAUCUUUCUAACACACUGUCAGCAU